AUGCCUUCUCUAUACGAUGAUGUCGUUAUCUCAGGUCCGGAUCACGUACGACUUCUCAGUGUCGCGCCUUCAGCUGAAUUUGACGACCCCCUCAUCUGCACGCUCUCUGUUGCGUCUCUUGCUGAAGUCAAUGGCAGUUACAUCACUUUGUCGUACUGUUGGGGCUCCACCGAUCGUGGUAGUCUGGUUCAAGUCAAUGGGGUCCCGUACUAUAUUACCAAGGAACUCGCUCUCGCCUUGCGAAGUAUUCGGGCAAUGGAAAUCGCUCAGCCGAUAUGGGUUGAUCAGCUGAGCAUCAGUCAAGUCGACGACAGGGAAAAAUCCCAGCAGCUAUUGUUGAUGACCCAAAUAUUUUCAAAUGCUUCAACGUGCAUAUGCUACCUUGGGGAAGACAAUGGCCAAGUGGAUCAGGCGAUCGAGUAUAUGGAAAUGGCUCUCGAAAAGAUUAAAUCCCUGCCUUUAGAUCACCAACGACAGACGACACUGCCUCAGGAGAUAAGCGAUCUCUUCUACAACGCUCCAGGCAAGACAGCCUUUAUGAGUCUAGCGAACAGACGGUACUUCCGGAGAAGAUGGAUCGUACAGGAGACUGUGCUUUCUCAGGAUCCAUCCGGGGUUUGCGGACAUAGAUUUUUUUCGAUGGAAGCAUUUUUCUUCGUCCUCGCAUUCACGGAAACAGCAGAAUCAGAUCGAAUACUCCGCCGGCCUGUAUCGGCAAACUUUGACGAUCAACGGUUUGACGAAUCGCCAGCGCUCAGCCACCACUACCUCCGAAAUCAGUUUGGACAGGGGGCUCGAUUUUUCAAGCCACUCCUCAUCUUCACGGUAGAUGCUGGCGUGACAGACUUACGUGACCUGUUCUUUGCAAUCCAUGGCCUCGCCCUCGACAGCGAUGAAUUUCCAAAUCCCGACUAUUCCUGGGAUGUGGGUAGAACAUUUCGAGAAUUUACCAUUGGCUUCGUAAAUCAAGGAUUUGGCUUAUGGUGUUUGCAGCAAGCACAUCGAAAUCAUUAUCCUGAUAUGCCGUCCUGGGUUCCUGACUGGAGUAGCAUCAUUCGAUGGGCCCAGAUAGCCCUCGUACCCGGUCCAAACUUCAAAUCGGUCAUGAAAGUCGACUCAGACUCCAAACUCUUGGAACUCUCCUGCCUGAAACUCACCAAUAUCGUCCAAUGCACAUCCUCAAUUGAUGUCACAGUAUCGGACGACGCAGCUACCUUCUCGUUGCAGGCUCUCAGCUCUCUCGAGCUCUUAUUCAGCAAGUUCACGCCUGAACAAAAACCCGAUGAUAUCCUCAAGCGGCUUGCAACUGUAGUCAUGAAGUUUACACAUGAAGAUUACUCUGAAGACGCAUCGAUGCUAACUGGCCGCAUCCUGGCCACUGCUGCCUACCAUCAAGAUCAUACGGCCAAGCUCAUUGAAGAAAAUUCGACUCCGUUCUUGAUCGUCAAGCUUGUUUUCGAACGUUUUCAAGUCGUUCUGACAUCUUCCAAUUUGAUCUGUGUAGCGCCAUUGGAGGUAAAAGAGGGAGAUGAGCUGAUUUUGCCGGAGGGAGCUGAAGCCGCUAUUGCAAUUCGGCAUGUUGAACCUGGUAAAUACAAGUAUAUCGGAAUGGCUUGGAUUGAAAAUUUACACCCAAGCUCUGAAGAGCCGGUGGAUGGUGGCGAUGGCACAGAAGCCAAUACUGUGCUACAAGACCCUGACGAGAAAGACGUAAAGAAGUAUGAGAAGAUACUACUAGCAUGA